AUUUGUCUUUCAUAGCCUUCCAAAGCAUUAAGAAACCGAGCCACGCCAGCCCAGUUGCUCAAUAUGUUUGUGACUGUGUUUCUGAUAUGCAUUAUCACUUUCACCCUGUUUCAGGCUUUGAAAACCAGGAGGUUUAGAAAUUUUCCACCCGGACCACUACCUGUUCCAUUUGUUGGAAACAUGCUACAGCUGAACUUGAGAAAUCCCUUAAAAGAUAUGAAAAAGCUCUCUGAAACAUAUGGAAAUGUCUACAGUGUGUUUAUUGGGAGCACUCCUGUUGUAAUUCUCCACGGGCUGCAGGCAGUAAAAGAGGCUCUGGUCACACAAGCGGUUGAAUUUGCUGGAAGACCUCAGGGACUCUUAGUCAACGAUAUUACUGAACAUAAAGGAGUGAUCAUUGUUAACUAUGGCACUCAUUGGAAGGAGCAGAGACGAUUCGCUCUCAGUACAUUGCGCAAUUUUGGCUUAGGCAAAAAAUCAAUGGAGGCCAGGAUUCAGGAAGAGGUUGCUCAUCUGACAGAGAGCCUAGAAAAGUACAAAGGUCAGAUUAUGAGUCCUCACACACUCCUUCACAAUGCUGUGUCCAAUGUGAUUUGCUCUGUAUUGCUGGGGCAGCGUUUCAGUUACAAUGAUAUAUCCUUUCAAGAAAUGAUCCAUUGUGUAUCAGAGAGUUUGCGGUUAAUCAAUGGACCCUGGUGCAUGAAAGAAAGACACAACACCGCCAUGAACCUGCUGAACAUGGAUUCCCAACACGCCACUUCCGCCUUCCCUCUGUCUCACCCCAAUGACGUCAGCAGUCCCAUCAUCCAUCUCGGUUCCUUCCCAGCAGUGCUUCAUCCAUUUCCGGUCCCUCCCUCAUAAAUGUUCCCCCCGUCCGCCAUGAUGGCGAACGGUGUUAUGACAGUUGUACUGUAUAUUCGACUGAUUGCACUUU